ACCUUCCCGUCCCCGCCCCCGGAAAGUUCCCGAACGCACCGCUUCCGGUGGUGCGGCGCCGGGGAGGGGGCUUUGCGACCCCAUUUUGCAGAGGCAGACACUGAGGACUUUUCCCUUCCCGGCUCCUCAUGCGCCCGGGAAGGUGUAUUGAGUCGUAGGUUCUGCCGGGUAGCGUUCUGUACGCUGGGGACACUGCGCCCGGGCAGCCUGCCUUGUGCUGGCCACGACCGACCCGACUAGGGCUUGGGUGGGGUGCUCGGAAGCCCUUGGCUGAGAAGCCAGUGGCAAGGAAUUGCAUGUCCCAAGGCCCUGUGGUUGGUGUUGGCGCGAGCUCAGCGAAUCGGUGCGGGUGUGGGCGAGCCGAGGCCCUCUGGACAGCCUGCCUGUUGGAGCUCGCGCCCGUUCCCAGUAUUUUCUCAUCAGGGCUGCCUUCUCCACACAUGCCUCAUUGCAGACCCCAGGGCCAGUGUGAGGUCCCGGCCGUGCAGGCAGUAGACUGUGCGGCAGUGUUUCUCGAACUGGUGGUCAAAUUCCAGUCGAUGCUAGUUCAGUGGUAUUAGAAUUCCUGGAAUUCUUUUACAUUACUUUUGGAAGUUUUUUUUUUUUUUUUUUUGAAAAGCAGAGUUACAGAGGGAGGAGAGACACAGAGAUCUUCCACUGGUUCACUCCCCAAAUGGCCGCAACGGCCAGGAGCCUGGGACUUCAUCCGGGUCUCCCGUGCGGGUGGCAGGAGCCCAAGGGCCUGGUGCUUCCCCAGGCAGGUUAGCAGGGAGCUGGAUCAGAAGCGGAGCAGCCAGGACGGGAACCAGCGCUCAUAGCGGGAACCGGCAUUUACAGGGCUAAUGACAGUGCCGCCUCAUGGGUCCCAGCGGAUGCCACUGAGCCACUUGGCAAGGCUUCCUGCACCUGGGCGGCCUUCGCACUGCCCUGUACAACUACAUCUUUGCCAAGAAGCACCAGGGGCGCUUCAUCCUGCGGCUGGAGGACACAGACCAGACCCGCCUCGUGCCCGGAGCAGCCGACAACAUUGAGGACAUGCUGGAGUGGGCGGGUAUUUCCCCUGACGAGAGCCCCCGCCAGGGCGGUCCUGCCGGGCCCUACCAGCAGUCCCAGCGCCUGCAGCUGUACGCCCAGGCCGCAGAAGCACUGCUGAAGACGGGGGCUGCCUACCGCUGCUUCUGCUCGCCCCAGCGGCUGGAGCUGCUGAAGAAGGAGGCCCUGCGGAACCGCCAGACGCCCCGGUACGACAAUCGGUGCCGGGACCUGAGCCAGGGCCAGGUGGCCCAGAAGCUGGCCAAGGACCCCACACCUGCCAUUCGCUUCCGCCUGGAAGAGGAGGCGCCAGCCUUCCAGGACCUGGUGUAUGGCUGGACUCGGCAUGAAGUGGCCAGUGUGGAGGGAGACCCAGUCAUCCUGAAGAGUGACGGCUUCCCCACCUACCACCUGGCCUGCGUGGUGGACGACCACCACAUGGGCAUCAGCCAUGUGCUGCGGGGCUCCGAGUGGCUCGUGUCCACCUCCAAGCACCUGCUGCUCUACCGGGCCCUGGGCUGGCAGCCGCCUCGCUUUGCCCACCUGCCGCUCCUACUCAACAAGGAUGGCAGCAAGUUGUCCAAGAGGCAGGGGGACAUCUUCCUGGAGCACUUUGCGGCUGUCGGCUUCCUGCCCGAGGCCCUGCUCGACAUCAUCACCAACUGUGGCUCGGGGUUCGCAGAGAACCAGAUGGGCAGGACCCUGCCGGAGCUGAUAGCACAGUUCGACCUGAGCCGGGUCACCUGCCACUCGGCCCUGCUGGAGCUGGAGAAGCUCCCGGAAUUCAACAGACUGCACCUCCGGCGCCUGGUGAGCGAUGAGACCCACAGGCGCCAGCUGGUGGGGAAGCUGCAGGCCCUUGUGGAGGAGGCCUUCGGGAGCCAGCUGCAAAACAGGCACGUGCUGGAGCCGGCGUAUGUGGAGAGGAUCAUCCUGCUGAGACAGGGUCACAUCUGCCGCCUGCAGGAGCUAGUCUCCCCCACCUACUCCUACCUGUGGACGCGUCCCGCCGUGGGCCGAGCGCAGCUGGGGGCCAUCUCGGAGAAGGUGGACACCAUUGCCAAGCGUGUGCUGGGGCUUUUGGAAAGAUCCGGUACAAGCUUAACUCAGGAUGUGCUGAGUGGAGAACUGAAGAAGCUGUCAGAAGGUCUGGAAGGCACCAAGUACAGUAACGUGAUGAAGCUCCUACGGGUGGCCCUCAGCGGACGGCCGCAAGGACCCCCUGUAGCCGAGAUGAUGAUGUCCUUGGGACCAGAGGAAGUCCGAGAACGAAUCCAGAGCGUGCUGUCCAGCUAGGAGGAGCUGUGCGUGACAGUGGGUGUGGCCUGUGGAGGAGCGAGGCUGCCGGGGCCCUCCAGGGACCAGGUAGAAGGAGCCAGGAGUAGAAGCAGGAUCUCUGGCUGCACGCAAGUGUGUUUCUGACUCCGUGGCAUUUGGCCAGGGGAAGCCCGGCUCAUCUCACCACCUUGGCUCUGGAAAGGAAGUCUCUGUGGCUGGGAUUUGAAGCCACAGUACACAGUGGAGGUUAGGAGUUGGGGCCCAUAAAUGUCAGCAUGCUGAACUGUCCAGAGGGCCCGGCUGCUGUAACAAAAUACCUGGGAAGUAGGGGGUUUAAACAACACCCAUUCACCUUUCUCACAGUCUGGACGCUGGAAGUGCAAGACGGCAGUGUGGGCAGGGCUGGCUUCUCCUGAGACCUCCCCUGUAGGGUUGAGGAUGGCUGUCCUCCUCGGUUCUCUUACGUGCGUACGUUCCUGAUUGCUCUGUGUGUCUCCCAGUCUCUUACAAGGAUGCCAGAUUAGAUUAGAUCAGGGCCCACAAGCAGCCUCCUCUUAUCUUGAUGGUCACACUCUGUGGUGCUGGUGGUUGGGGCUUUAACAUAAGGAUUGGGCUGGGGGGGAAGGGAGGACACAGUUCAGUCCAUCACAACUCAACUGGACUCCUGGAUUCCCAAUCCGAGGCCAGUUUGGACUGGGCGCAGUGAAGGACAGUUGACCCAAGCAGGGCUGACCUGGACAUCAGACUCUUCGGGGGUGUAACGGGAGAAGCUUGCUCAUUUACCCAGGAUAAGCUCUCCCGUCUCCUGCUAUGCUUUGUCCUUGGACCUUGGGGUGGCCUGGGGCUUCAUUGCCCAAAGGUCAUCUGUUCCUCUUUUCCAGUCCUCCAGAUGUCCAUGGGCUAGAGACCUUCACCCUGCCUGUUUUGAGUCUUCCUAUCCACCCCUUCCUCCUGCCAUCACUUGUAAGUUUUGGCUGCAGGCCUCUGGAGUGAAGCGUUCUUGGGGUCUUGGACAAAUGGGGACACCCAAAGUGAGAGGAGGAUGGUGGCUGGCCGCCGAGACCCUGUAGGGCUGCGGGGCUUUCCCUGGGUGCCAGCCGGCCUCUCGGGUGGUCCCUGCCUCCGAGGAUUCGCAGCGUGUGGUUCCCUCCCACGGGAGCAGAGCCGGCUUGUGUGACCAGUAGGCUCCUGGGAAGAUGAUACAACUCGAUUCCUGAGCCUGGUUCAUAAACUACCUCAUGGCUUCCAUCUUGUUCUCUUGGAUCUCUUACCUUGGGGGUCCUGAAGACACUUGAGGAGUCCCGUGUAGAGGCCCCAGUGACAAGGGAUGGGGCCUCUUGUCAACAGCCGUGUGAGUGCAGCAUCUUGGGAGCCAUCUCCCAGGCCCCGCCAGGCCUUCAGAGCACUGUGGUCCCGGCUGACAUCUCUACCACGACCUCCCUGAGACCCUGAGCCAGCACCACGCGAGGAAGCUGCUCCACAGCUUCAGACACACGGAUUGUGAGAUAGUGAACGGUGGAUUUGGAGUAAUUUGCUACCCAGCGAUCAGUAGCUACCAGACUGUCCUUGCCCCGGGAGUAAGGGAGCAGGAAUUAAAAGUUGGUUGAGUCUUAGAGUCCUAGUCUUUGCUUUACAAGGACACUGGUAAAGUUCUGUGACUGCAAACAAUAGAAACCAACCGUGCAUGAAGUUGAUUGGAAAGUUCAAGAAAGCCUAAGACUGGAAAACCGGAAGAACCAGGUCUUGAAACAGCCAGGAAGCCCGCAGCAGGACGAAGGGCCCGUCUGAGCUCUCAGUGGGAACACGUGGACUCCAGUUUUCCUUGUUAUUUCUCUGCGUGUGCCCCUUCGGCUCCGGAUGAAUCAGCUGAAGAUCGUGAUUCUAAGGGCAGGGAGGGCCAGGCCUCAGCCAGGAAGAGGUGGCCUCGGAUUGUAUCGGUGGAGGAGAAGUGACGCCCAAGGGAAACGGGGGGGCUUUUUCCAGAAAAAAGGGCAAUGGCAGGAAGAGCUGGCGUUGGCUACAGGGAGAACAAGGAGCAACAGAACUUGGGAGUUUGCACUCCCCUGAGCCUCAGCCGAUCGUAGGGUUCAGCGCCAUAAAUGCUUCAGGCCGCCCUCUCUUCGGAUCUCAGAAACCCAUGAAAAAGACAGGGUUUGUUUUUGUUUUAAAUGAAGCCAGGCCAGGAUUUUUUUUUUUUUUUUUUUUUUUUUUUUUUUACAGGCAGAGUGGACAGUGAGAGAGAGACAGGAGACAGAGAGAAAGGUCUUCCUUUGCCGUUGGUUCACCUUCCAAUGGCCGCCGCGGCCGGCGUACCACGCUGAUCCGAUGGCAGGAGCCAGGUGCUUUUCCUGGUCUCCCAUUGGGUGCAGGGCCCAAAGACUUGGGCCAUCCUCCACUGCACUCCCUGGCCACAGCAGAGAGCUGGCCUGGAAGAGGGGCAACCGGGACAGAAUCCGGCACCCCGACCGGGACUAGAACCCGGUGUGCUGGCGCCACUAGGCGGAGGAUUAGCCUAUUGAGCCGCGGCGCCGGCCGUGGCCAGGAUUUCUAUUCAGGCCUGUGACAAUCUGAGUCCAAGCUCAACUCUAACUACUCAGUGGCAUCCGAGCCCCUGCUUUGAAGACGCUCAUGAAGAAUGUUUGCUUUCGGUUUGCAAUCAGGGAAUAUGAAAAAAUAUGUAAAGAUGUAUUUUAUUUAUUUGAAAGAGUUACAGAGAGAGGCAGAGGCAGAAAGAUAAAGGUCUUCCAUCCCCUGGUUCACUCCCCAAAUGUCCACAAGAACCAGGAGACCCAGACUGAGUUCCAUGCUCUUGGCCUGGGCCUGGCCCAACCCCAGCUAUUGUGGGCACUUGGAGAUUGAACUAGCAGAUGGGUGUGUGUGUGUCUCUUCCCCACUUCAAAUUAAAUAAAUUUUUUUUAAGUGUCAAA